GUUCUCUGAGGUCCGACUAGCAAAGUGGAAAAUCGAUUUGUCCACAUUUCAGGCGGACACCACCGUGUCGCCCCCGCGUCCUAAACCUCUCACUUCGCCGGGGUCCGGUAGCGGCGAACGAUGCUCCGCCGCGCGCUCCUCUCCUCCGUCUCCCCACUCCACGGAACGGUACGAAUCCCGAGCCCCAGCUACUCUCCUAUCCAAGCCCUUCUCGCUCAAUGGAGCAGGUACGCCUCCGUGGUCUCAUCCUCGGCCCCGCCGCCGCCGCCCCCCCCUCCAUCUCCGCCUCGAGGUCCAUCGAGGUCGAGCGGUGGAGGUACCACUUCCUCGUCGCUGAACCCUGCAGAGGUCGCCAAGUUCGCCUCCAUCGCCGAGACAUGGUGGGAUUCUAGUGGCCCAUUCAAACCUUUGCAUGUGAUGAAUCCAACCCGACUGUCUUUUAUCCGCUCCACUCUCUGUAGACAUUUCAGGAGGGAUCCAAAUUCAUCUAAGCCACUUGAAGGUCUCAAAGUUAUUGAUGUUGGAUGUGGAGGUGGCAUUCUGUCAGAGGUAGAAAGCUUCUCUGUGUCAAAUCAUUUCUGAGAAUCGCUAUUGGCACUUAACAUAGUAUAAAAUGUUAGGAAAGUAAUCCUUGAUUGGUGCUAGUUUACUUAUUCUGUUUUAGGAAAUAGCUAGUAUGGUAGUGGAUCAGUCUUAUAUGGACGGAUCCAAUCAGCAAGAUCAGGACUGAUAGCAGUCCGGAUUAUUACCUUGUAAUAGCUAGUUUGUUUCCUUAUGAAAGUCUAUAAAUAUAUGGCCUUAGAGGCUAAGAAAAGGCAGUCAAUAGGACGCCACCAAAUCUGCUGUGUUCCCCUCCAAAAGAGUUCGCGUGCGUGUGAGUCCCUGGGAGGUUUUUCUUAUACCUGAAGAACUUACCUGGGAGGUAGGAACUCGCCGGCAACCUGCAGGGUUGUCUCUCCGGCGCAGAUUCCAACAACUGGUAUCGGAGCUAAGGAGGAGCAAGAUGUCGAAAACUGUUGAUAGCAGUGCGACAUUCAGGAAGUCCAGCGACGACACCUCCAAAGAUGGAGCAGUGGUCCAGCGAGUAAUUCGUGAGGUGAGUGCAGGGAGUGGAUAUCCCACACUCACCAAGACCAAUUACUCGGACUGGGCACUCCUGAUGAAGGUGAAGUUGAGGGCGAGGAUGUUGUGGGACGUCAUCGAGCACGGAGGAGCAGACAUCCAUGAAGAAAUGAUGGCACUCGACGCUCUCUGCAGCGCAGUGCCACCAGAGAUGGUGUCUUCGAUCGCAGACAAGUCCACGGCAAAGGAGGCGUGGAAGACCAUUGCAGACCUACGGGUCGGCGAUGAUCGCAUGAAGAAGACUGCUGCUGUGCUGCUUCGGAGGAAGUUCGACUUGGCAACUUUUAAUGACGGUGAGUCCGUUGAAGAUUUCGCGCUGCGCCUAAAUGGCAUGGCAGCGAAACUCUCCACUCUUGGAGCUGGCGUGGAAGAAGAGAAGAUCGUGGAGAAGAUUGCUCGCAGCGUUCCACCACGCUUCAAGCAAAUCGUCCUCUCCAUCACCACUCUCUUCGACCUGUCAACCCUCACUGUGUCUGACAUGGUGGGGAGGUUGAGGGCAGCGGAGGACGCCUUUGAGGAGGCCCCAGGAUCACUUUAGCACAGUGGUCGACUCUACCUCACGGAAGAAGAGUGGAAUGCCCGGCGCAAGAAGGAAGUCGAGCACCAUCCUGGCAGCAGCUCGGGUGGAAGAUCAGGGCGCCAUGAUGGAGGAUACCGUGGGCGUGGUCGGGGCCGUGGUCACAGUCGUGGCAGAGGAGGGCGCUCAUCAGGUGGACCACUGGCUGGAAAGGUCACUGGUGAUGAGUGCAGAAGGUGUGGCAAGAUGGGACAUUGGGCGCGAGAGUGUCCGUCAAGGCACAAGAAGGAGCAAGCACAUGCUGUCCAAGAAGAAGAGGAGGCUACACUUCUUGUGGCAAAGACGUUCCCGGUAAAAACCUCAACACUUAAACCAUGCUGCAAGAUGUCUAGUUCUCAUCUAGAGAUCAGGGAGGAGAAGGUGUUUUUACAGCAUGAAGAAGAGGAGAAAUUAGAGGAGGGAACCUGGAUCCUGGACACUGGAGCCACAAAUCAUAUGUCCGGAUCCAGGGCUGU